AUGUCUCAGAAGUUUUGGCCUCAGAUAGAAAUGGAGGCUCGGCGCUACAGGGCAGGCCGUCGGCUGAAUCUGUAUUCGUACACCCCCGUUGAUCCCCACGGAACCACAAAGUACUUGACGAAUAAUUUGCCGGAUGACCUCACACCUGGUUGGGUCCGAGGCUUUGAUCCGACUAAUCUACCUCCGACUCCGGAUCUUAUCCUUGAAGUCUUCGAGGGCCUGUCCUGUGGCAUCAAGAAGUGCAAUCAGAUCACCGCAUGCAGGAUUGUGAUGAAUCUCGAGAACCACCAUGACCCCAAUGUCCAGGGUCCUCGCGAGGGUCAGCAAUGGCCCGAUCUCGUUGUCUGCAAGGCAUUUGACCCCCCUUUCUACCCAAUCCUGGGGGGUCGUGGUGUGGAUAAGGCAGCGGAGGCGGCGCUCAGCAGAGAGGCUGGGGCCUAUCGAUACCUCUACUCGAACAAGAUGACCGGUUUCCCUCACCCAACACCCGAGUUCUAUGGCACAUAUGUCGCAGUGUUUGACCUUGGAUUUGAAGACGAUAACCUCAUCGACCUUGAACUUGAGGACAAGCACCAAGCCUACAGGUGCGUUCCGGUCAUUCUCAUGGAGCAUGUCGAAGGCUUCUCAAUGGAGAAUCUAAGUACCCGUCAUGACACUACGCAUGAGCUCAUCCCCCGCAACCUGCUCCCCAUCUUUCACUAUGAUGCCAACGGUAGUCCGGUCACCCUUGCACUUCACAAGCAGAACAGAAAGGAGGUCAUGAGACAAGUGCUCGAUGGCUUGGUCAAGAUGUUGCACGUGGGGUUGGAGUUCGGGGCCAUUGAGGCCCGCCAGAUCAUGAUUACCAUCAAAAAUGGCCAACACGACCUGGAGGUGCCCCGAGCGGUGGUUUUGGACUAUACAAUGAGCGAUAUAUGGUGUAUGACGCGUGUCGGCAAAACUGUCGACAGACAUCGUCUCUACGACCUGCAAAAGCUCCCGAAGCCUGUCCACCCGAUGCAGAUUUUUUACUUUGAGGAGCUACAUAGUACCAUCGGAUUUUGGCCUUCGUCGUACUGCUACGAGACGACGAACGAUAAUGAGGCAAGAGAAGCCGAGUGGGCCCGUGACUCCGAAGGGAUUCGCAUCAGGGAUGACAAUGGCCGGCUCCGCCAUAAAUGCGAGGUCGAGUAUGAUGAAUGGCUCGUGGAGACUUUCGGCCCGUUUGAGGAGGGGAGAUACUCCGUCUAUAAGACUUUGUACCUGAUACAAGAGGCAGAGGAGAGGGCGAGAGAGGCAGCGGCGAAGGAGGCAUUCGCGGUGGAGAAGGCGUUACGAGACUGGUUGAGGGACCACGCGAAGGAGGCCGAGGAGGCAGCAGAGUGGGCCGCUGUGAAGGAGAAAUCGAUGGAGCUGGCGAUGGAUGCAGUGGUUGCUGCGGCCAAGAGAGCCUUUAAAGAUGCGCACGCUGAGUGGUACGAGGAGAAAGAGAGGCGGGAGCAGAAGGGUGGACAGAUCGAGGAUGUUGCCAUUGAUGUCACGGACGACGCCACCGCCGAUGAUAAUAACAACGACGACGACGACGACGACGACGACGACUAUGACGAGGACGACAAUGACAACGAGGAUGAGAUCGACUACUUCCGCCAGUUCUUCGGGGCUCAUGAGGAUAGAGAGGCUAGACAGGCUGUGGCAUUUCAAAAAGCGCAAGAGCUUCGCGACCUCAAGGACGCUUUGAGAAAUCUGCGGGCUGAAGAGGCCGGGAGCUCACACGACGUUCCAGACGUUGAGCAGGUUCGAGACGCUCUGAAAGUGGUACGGGCUCGACGACAUCGAGAGGCCAAGGAAGAAAGACCAGUGAAGGGAAGUGUGACACUUGAUCAGCAUAACAGAGAAGCGUGA